CUUCGUAGCUGUUUAUUUGGCUUUUUACAGGUAUCUUAACUAUAAUUUUGAGUAAAUCGUAGGUUGUCACGUUACAAAACGUGUUAUGCAACACCGAAAUUGAAAUAACAGUGUUUUCAUUUAAUAUUUUAUUUAAAGUUAACCUAACCUAUAAGUCUGAUUUUACUCUUGUGCAAUCGCGAUGUCGACGGAAACUCAAAGUAAAUCUGAAAAUAAUUUGAAUGAAAAUGCAGUUAGAGCAGAGUCUAAGGCUGAGAGCCACAAAAAUGAGGCCUGGGGGUAUGAUUUGUACCCAGAGAGGCGAGGAACCUUCACGCCGAAAAUCGGGAAUAUUCUCAUAGGCAAAGAAGGUAAAGAAGAACUCCAGAAAUUGAAAUGCGAGCAGCAUGUUGUGGAAUGCGUGAAAAACAGUGCAAUAGUAAAGGUUAUGAUGGCUGCAUUAAAAAGUUCUGGUUGCCCUAUUGACAUCCGGAGGCAUAUAUCUUGUGAAGUUUGUGACUAUUCUGUGAGUGGUGGCUAUGACCCGGAAUUAAAUCAGAUAGUGGUAUGCCAAAACGUGUCAACACGCAAGGGCAUGGUUCAAGGUGUGUUGGCUCAUGAGAUGAUCCACAUGUUUGACUACUGUCGCAACGAGCUGGACUUCAAGAACAUGGAGCACCUAGCAUGCACGGAGAUCAGGGCUGCCAACCUAACACAUUGCUCCUUCGCCAGUGCGUGGUCGCAGGGGGAUGCUUCAUGGACAAAGAUCAAACAGGCUCAUCAGGAUUGCGUGAAGACCAAAGCCCUGUAUUCAGUGAUGGCAGUGCGACAGAUAGGCAAAGCCGAGGCUGUGGACAUUAUCGAGAAGGUCUUCCCCAAGUGCUAUGCUGACCUGGAACCCAUCGGUAGACGGAUACGAAGGAACUCCGAAGACAUGAUAAGAGCCUUCAAGGAGGCUUCGUACUAUGGGUAUGAAUAAAUUAUGUUGUGUAGCCAAAAUAAAAACGGUGUAAUAUUAUCUUGAGGUCGUGAGCAAGGUCUUUAUUUUUGUUUGCGUAAUAUGGACGUCGGAGUUACAAAGAGGUUUUCAGUGUCUCUAUUACAGUAAUAAAUACUAUACCUACUUCUUAUUUUUUCAUGUCGAUGACAAGUCGAACAACGUAAUUUAUAAUUACUGAAAAAAAAAACGAAUCAUAUUUGUUUUUACUAUGGGCAGUCUCUGUUAAAUGGCCUGUAUUUUUAUUCUCUUACUUAAUAUUAUGUCCACUACAUUUUAUAGAUAUACCUCAAGGGAACUGCGUAGAUCCUGUAGAUAUGUAAAUAAAUUAAUAACUAUUUAGAAAAAUAAAACAAAUGUUGAAUGAUUUAAAA